CUCAUUUUAUCUUGUUUGUGUUGGUAUUUUUUUUAUGUUUCUAAGUUUGAACUAAAAAAAAGAAAAAGAAAAAAAGAGCGAGCGAAAGAGAGCGCGGAAUCCACAUCAUUUGGCCAGGUGAUUCAUUCAGAGAUUGUUUGCCCCAAGGACGUCCCUAACUUUCGUUUAUAGAAACGACGGCAACUCCAAACUGACAUGGCAGUCAGACUGUGUGAUGUGGCUUCUCUGCUUAGAAGUGGUUCGUGGGCUCCAGAGCCUUGGACUGGGCAGGUAAUUGCGACCAUGGAAACACAGCUGUCCAACGGGCCGACGUGCAACAAUACAAGCAACGGUCCCUCGACAAUCUCGAACAACUGCUCCUCGCCUGUAGAGUCAGGGAGCAUAGAGGACAGUAAAACUAACUUGAUAGUCAACUAUCUGCCACAGAACAUGACCCAGGAGGAGCUCAAGAGUUUAUUUGGAAGUAUUGGAGAAAUUGAGUCCUGCAAACUGGUUCGGGACAAAAUAACAGGGCAGAGCCUAGGCUAUGGAUUUGUCAAUUAUGUGGACCCAAAAGAUGCAGAAAAGGCGAUCAAUACCUUAAAUGGCUUGAGGCUUCAGACUAAAACCAUCAAGGUUUCUUAUGCGCGCCCAAGCUCCGCCUCCAUCAGAGAUGCAAAUUUGUACGUCAGUGGUUUACCGAAGACCAUGACGCAGAAAGAGCUGGAGCAGCUGUUCUCUCAGUACGGACGCAUAAUUACCUCACGGAUCCUGGUGGACCAGGUGACUGGUGUCUCCAGGGGGGUCGGCUUCAUCCGUUUUGACCGGCGAGUUGAGGCUGAGGAGGCCAUCAAGGGUCUGAACUGUCAGAAGCCGCCUGGUGCCACCGAACCCAUCACAGUCAAGUUCGCAAACAACCCGAGCCAGAAGACCAGUCAGGCGCUGCUGUCUCAGCUGUAUCAGUCGCCCAAUCGAAGGUACCCAGGACCCCUCGCACAGCAGGCACAACGCUUCAGGUUGGACAAUUUGCUGAACAUGGCCUAUGGAGUCAAAAGGGGUCACCAGCAUGGUGCCCGUGAGCACCAAAUAGCCCCUGAGGACCACAUGUGGUGCCCGCGAGCCUGUUCUAAAAGCACAAAUGACCACCGGUUCUCCCCCAUGGCCAUUGACGGGGUGACCAGCCUGGCUGGCAUCAACAUCCCGGGGCACGCGGGCACCGGCUGGUGCAUUUUCGUCUACAACCUGGCUCCAGACGCGGACGAAAGCAUCCUCUGGCAGAUGUUCGGGCCGUUCGGCGCCGUCACAAACGUCAAGGUCAUCCGCGACUUCAACACAAACAAGUGCAAAGGAUUUGGUUUUGUCACCAUGACUAACUACGACGAGGCAGCCGUAGCCAUCGCCAGCUUGAACGGAUACCGCCUCGGGGACAGAGUUCUGCAAGUCUCGUUCAAAACUAACAAAACACACAAAGCCUAAAAAAAACCCACUGAGAUUGUUUCUAGAAAACACCAAGAAAAAGGGAAACGGAAGCGUAUUGUGCGUAACUUUCUACAUUAGUAAAAAAGCUUUGGAAUCAAUAUUUAGAGUCCAACAAUGUUUUUGUUUUUUCCGCCAUUGCUACGCUUUGAAUAUUUUCAUCGGUUUGAAGCAGAAAAAAAAAACCCCGUCAGGUUUUAAAAACUUGACAUUGAGUCUCUCGCGGUCUUCACUGAUGGAUGGCCUAUAAGGUUACUACAGUUUUCUAGAUUUUUCUGGCACAUUGCUUUGACACCGUUAGUCUUGUAAGGUUAAGUGUUGUGGUAUUUCUUUGUGUCCUGAUUUGCCAUCGGUGCGUUAAUGCUUUGAGUGGUUUAGCAAGUUCUUAUUUUGAGCUGUUUCUGUUAGUUUAUCGUACUAAGUUGGUAAUUGGUUGGCUGCCUAAUGUCGCUUCUUGUAAACCUUAACGGAUAAAGACAAAAAAAAUUCUUAAAGCAGUACCUUGCCAAAGAGCUAAGAACCUCUUUGAUGUGGGUUUAAAAAAAGCAUCUAUUUUUAUAAAAGAAAAAUUUGGAGAAACUUUUUACUGGACCUGGAACAAAAUAUUUUGACUUGAAUACUUUGACAAAUAUCUUCAUAUGACACCUUGUGAGCUUUUGAACUUUAAACGGAAAGUUUGCAGUGGUUGAUGUUUCUGGAGAGAUUUAUGAUGUAAAAGAUACCUUUUGAGAUCUUUGUAUUACCUUUAGACUACAGAAUCGGCGCCCGUGCUGGUUUCAUUUGUUGAAUCAUCUUGUGGGUCCUCCUCCAUCCCGAUCGUCUGCUCGACUACAAACUCGCUUUUCCGAUUUAGAUUUGAAAACAAAAUAAAAUAUUUAUUUGCAAAAAGAAGUGCAUGCAAAAUCACAGUAAGGAGAGAUAUUUAAAUGUUCUGGGGGAUUUAAAAUCAGUUCUUCCUGUAAGAUUUCCUUCAGAUGGAGUUUUUGUGGCGUACCUAUAGUAUCGGUAGACAGAUUUUUGUCUUAAUAUCGACCAUUGGGGGUUUUUACAUACUUUGUAUGAAAGAUUGUGGACAAGCUGAUGGCAGCCGCAGUUAAAAUAAGCGUCGGAAGAAUCAAACGGAUAACUUCUGAGCUUUGAGCUGUGUAAAUAAGUCUUUUUUUUUUUUUUCUUUUUUUUUUUACGUUGUAUUAAACAGACCUUUUUUUGUUUUAGGUUAGCCUUUGCUAGAAAGUGUGAUUUAUUCUACUUUUCUUUAAGACUAUGUAAGAUAUUGUUUUUGAAACCUUAAAUUUCUCUUAGGUUAAAAGAUUUUUAUUUGUCGUCCUAUGGACUAGCAUUUCAGUGCAUCAAAUAUGUUGGUUGUUUGGUCUGUAGAUAGUCUUGCUUUGUUGAGGAAAAAAAGUAUUAAAGUAUACACAUUUGUUUUUUUUAAUAUAUAUAAACAUUAUAGAUAUAUAUUUAUGUGGUAAAGAAUGGAUAUAAACCACAGUUUGGAAAUACUUUGCUUUCUUUCAUACUCACAUAUACGUAAUGCAUAUAACCUGUCUUUUAAAAUCGUAAAAAGGUGUAUAUUGCUUUAUGUUUGGGGACGGACAGUGGCGCAGUUGCAUUAGCAAUGACAAAAACCAUUAAAAAAAAGAAAUUGGCUGCUAAAUCUUAACGGAGAUCAUGGUGGUCCAAACGUCUACAUGAUCUGGAAACAUGCACUGAAUGCUGCACCUGCAUCCUGCGUGGUGUUUGAGCCAGUGCGAGUCCAGCUUCCCCCCUCAAACGAGCAGUGUGCUAUGCAUUAUAGACUUCUUUGCAACUGCUUUUUUUUCUUUAUCUAUUCCUCCUUUUGUUGUUGUAAAAGUUCAACUUUAAGUCAAGAUGAGUUGUGAUACCUGCUGCUGUAGGGGGGAGACGGGGAGCACUUUUUUCACGCCCGACUCGCCAACUUGACUCUUUUUCUUUUCAGAACCUGUCGACGAUGGUUCGGUCUCGGCAAGAUUUUGCCGACGGUUCCGGCGUGAAAAACCGCUCCCUCCAAACCCAUCUUAUCUCACUACUUAAUGGGAAUAAUUAUUUGAAGUUGUAUAGUCUGACUUGGUUUACAGCCUUUUUGGACCAGAAAAUCUUUUUGUUGACUAUUUAAGAGGAUGUACAUGUUCUUUACUUUGUGUUUGGAUACUUUGGAUUUUUUCAGUGUUAAGUACAUCAAUAAAUAAGAUUGAAGGGCAA